CCAAAGCACAAUGUUCUCCAAAGUCCUCAUCUUAUGCGCCGUGGCGGCGGUGUGCAACGCCGGCUACAUCCAUCACGCGCCUGCUGUAUCGUCCUCGCAUAACGUGAUCCACCACGAGGUGCCAACACAGUACUCGGUGGGCCACGAAGGACCCGCUCAGUAUUCCGUGGGCCAUGAGGGACCCGCUCAGUACUCGGUGGGCCAUCAAGCCCCCCUGCACACUGCUGCCAUCCAUUCCGCGCCAGUCCACGCCAUCCCUGUAGUCCACGCCGCCCCCGUUGCCGUCCACGCUGCGCCCGCCCAUCAUGAGGACCACUACGUCGAUGAACACGCCUACCCCAAAUACGACUACUCCUACUCCGUCGGAGACCCCCACACCGGAGACCACAAGACCCAACACGAGAGCCGCGACGGUGACGUAGUGAAGGGAGAGUACUCGCUCCUGCAGCCCGAUGGCUCCUUCCGCAAGGUCACAUACACCGCCGAUCACCACAAUGGCUUCAACGCCGUCGUUCACAACUCUCCGCCAGUCAUCCAUCAUCAUUAGGACAUCAACUUCGACUGUGAUAUUAGUGUAGUUAGAUUAA